GCUGAUAUCGCCACGCAGAGGUACGACGCUCGCGGGAGUGUGGACACCGCGCCCGAGGCCUCCGUCCCAGUCGAGCAGCGCGACAGCUUCGGUUUCAGCCAGUUGCAGCUACACGACCUAGACAGCUUGGAGAACGCGCUGGGCCAGGAGAUCCCCGACGGAGCCACGCUGGUGGAGAGCGACACGGCGACGGUGAGCGACCCAGCCACGAUCCCAGCUGACAUCAGCCAGCUCCGCGCAGCAGCAUUCCGCCAGAAGCGCGCUGCAGAUGCUGGACCAAUCGCCGACCCGGUCAACGUCGCACAGACGCCCCACUGCUCGGAGGUUGCCACGGCCGCCGAGACUGUGCAUCCGGUCGAUGAGCAUGGAUCCCCUACCGCCAGGCUGCGACUGAAAGCCAAGACGGUAUCCCCACCCGCACCAGCUGAUGCCGCGGCGGUCACUGCGACGCGAGCCAAGCUCGAGGCGGAGAUCAUUGACCUCGAGGAGCAGCCGCUGGAGAUCCUUUGUCACAGCCAGGACCACGCAGAGGCGGCGCUGGCGGAUGCGCAGAUGUAUCGGGAGCAGCAGAAGGCAGAGCUGGUCGCCAAGCUUGCAGAGCAGCAUCGACUAGAGAAGCUGGCGAGGGUGAGGGAGGCCAAGAUGCAGCGAGCUGACCCUUCUAAUCGCAGGCUGCUGGACACACCGAGUUCGGAUGACGAUGCUGUUGAGCAAGCCUCAUCUAGGCAUGCUGCCGUCAAGAAGCUGCGCGAGCUUGGUGCAUCGAUCGGGCGGCCGACAUCAGGGGACAGCGCCGCGUGCGACAGCACCGCCGAGCGCAAGAACGUGGCCGAGAAGCUCAACGAGGAAUUUCGCAAGGUGUCGCAGAAGCUCAGCAGCGUGGACUCCUUCGAAGCUUGCGAGGACGGGCUCAAGGCAUUCUGGGGGGGCUCGGUGAUCCAGAAGUUGAGGAGUCUGCAGGCGGACAGCAAGGGCGACAAGGCGCCUGCCACCGCCGACGGCGACAUGUCCAAGGAUGACGCCGAGAAGAUGUGGUACGAGCUGAAGGAAAAGGGGUUCAACUUUGGAACGGCAAAGGGGCUGUCGGAGCUCAAGUGCGACUACGCAGCGCAGAAGGGCUGGACCAACAAGGCUGUACUUCGGCAGCGGUGGUGCGAGGAUGAGUUCAAGAAGUGGGAGUCCAUCCACAAGUACGUUGCCUCCAAUGAGCACAGCAAGGAGGAC